AUGUUCAAUAAUCCACACCCCUGGAUUAGGAACCGGGCUCGUCGCGAUGGUAAGAGCAGAUCUCUCCCCUUGCAUUUUUGCUUCAGAAGUACCAUACAUGCCAUGUCGUACACUCCACCUUCAGAUGAACAUUGUAACAACUUAUAUGCGUUCCUAGUUAAUAAGUAUCCAGGUGUAUCCGAACUCUUCAGCAGCGCUCCAUGCAGCCUUAAAGUCCUAUGCUAUGCAAACCAGCGCGAGGAGCCGUGGAAACCUGUCCUACCUGCAUUGACUGUUAUAUCAACGGAAACAGACACAUUCAGUAUCAAUCUACAAAAUUUGAGCACCGUUCUUCAAGAGCUGAGGCUAGAUAAUACGUCCCUGUCCCCAGACUUCUUGUGGCCUCUGGAUGAAAGCGGUCGACCACUGCCAAGUGACGGAACGCUGGAAUGGCCUAAUCUAAGGAUCUUAGAGCUAAAUGACUUCCCACCAUUUCUCCCUUCAGGUAAAUGGCUCGCCUUACCCACACCUGAAGAGCAAGCCAGAAUAGAUCAACCUAACGACGAGAUAAGUGCCCCGGAGGACCUGAUCGGGGACAACGACCGUGGAUGGGCAUGCCGAGAGAUGGUCGACCAUGAGGAAUUUCAUCGCCUUUUUACGUCCAUAGGCCACGCAGCACGACACAUGCCCCAUCUAAAAUCCAUCACGUUUAAUCUCGAUCAUAAUCCAACCCUGGAAUUCUCGUUCCGAACCGACUCAGAUCCUAUCACUGCUCAGUGGCACUCCAUGGCACAGCCGGAGUAUGACCCUGAUCGAAGGGUUGCUGAAGCUUGGGGGUUUCGGAUUGAGGAUUAUAACUUUGACACCGGUGUGAACUUUCCUUGUUGGCCACCAGAAGAGAUGACUCGCAGGCAAUUUGAUAAAGCCUACAAAGACGAGGACCAGAGAGGGAUGUCUCUCACGCAUUUUCAAAAGCUCACAUCAGGAGCCGGCGCUAUAAGACGAGCCUGGAUACGGAACCUGCAGUAUGAUAUUCUAGUGCCAUUCGAACUGUUAGACUGGACAACACGCAAAAGAGAGACAGGGCAAUACAGCAUAGCUAACCCCGUCCGAGAGGCAAAUAACCGGGCAUUUCAGACAGCUAUCAUUAAUCUAUUUGGCAUCCUUGGUCAAUGGGAUCGGAAUAACCGUCUCUCCCUAGACCUAGGGCUGCGAGGCCGCCGAGUCGGUGAAAACCCCGCCCCGGAGCCAAACACUUCAUAUUUUGAUAUUGCUGGGGACUAUCGACACGAUUUUAAAACAGGGCGCACCGAUGCGGUUCCACCGUACCGGGCGCGCUUCUACAAUAACUAUGCAUCUGUUCUGGCGCAUCGGUACCAUCAAAUAUGGGCCGGCACAGUGGCACAGAUAGUUCAGCACUGUCCGACUGUCACGGAACUAUAUUUGAAUCUGGACGAGUGGGUAAGGCCAGAUCAUUUGGAGUAUAUUAAAGCCCGUCGUGAUGCUGUAUCUGAAAUUUUCAGCAACACUCCACAUAGCUUAAAGGUGUUGCAUUACGCGAACCAACCUGAAAAGCCAUGGAAAGACAGCAUGCCCGCUUUGAAUGUCCUAUCUACAGGGACCGACACUCUUACUGUGAAUCUUCGACGUUUAAGCACCUUUCUUCGAGAACUAAAGUUAGAGCAUACAUCUCUAUGCCCGGAUUUCCUGUGGCCGCUCGAUGAAACUGGCCAUCCGUUGCCUUCUACCGUGCAUUGGCCUAACCUAACAGUCCUAGAGCUCAAUAAUGCCCCACCUCGUCUUCCUUCAGGACAAUGGCUCGCCCUGCCCACGGCUGAAUGGCAAGAGGAAAUAGACGAAAUAGAAGAUUGGGAAGAAGAGAUCUGUGAUUACGAGAGUGGAUGUGUCGAUCGAUCCAUCAAUGACGAUGAACAGUUCCAUCGCUUCUUCAUUUCCCUAGGUUACGCGGCCCGGCAUAUGCCCCGUUUAAGGUAUAUCCAAUUUAGUCUCGACCAUGGACCGACAACAACGUUCAGCUUCAGACGCGACUUGGACCCUAUUACUGCUGAGUGGCUCUCUGAAGCGGACCCGGAGUAUCGACCGGAUGAACGGGUUGCCAAGGCCUGGGGGUUUCGGCUUGAAGAUAUAGAGAUUAUGGGGGCUUGGGAUAUGGAAUCUGUUGUAAGGUUUGCUUAUUGGCCGCCAGAAGAGGUGUAA